CUUAUUAUACUAGUCAUACUCCCCCUGUGAAGUAUUUUUGCUAAAGAAUGCGAAUUCUGAUAAUUUUAUUUAAUCGUAACUAUUUAAAAGAAACAUUUAGUUUUUGGAGUCAUUUUCUUUCAUUAUUGUGCUGCAUGUCGAAAGAAUGUCGCGUAAAUUGUGGGUUGUUUGGGCCUGGGCCACGUUACUAUGUGUCUUCCUCCAAGUCGUCGUGGGAGCACGCGUGUCCGUGACUGACGACACGGGUCCAGGAGAGCCCUUAUUCCUGACGCCGUACAUCGAGCGAGGCAACAUCAAGGAAGCGAGGCGGCUGGCGCGAGUUACGCUCAACGACAGCUUAAACAUAGAGAGCUACGCGGGCUUCUUCACCGUCAAUAAGGCCUACGAUUCGAAUCAAUUCUUCUGGUACUUCCCUAGCAUGUCAUCGGACAGAGAUAAGGCUCCCGUGCUCUUGUGGCUGCAAGGUGGUCCGGGCUCGUCUUCCCUGUUUGGUUUAUUUUUAGAAAACGGACCGAUCACAGUCGUGAAUGGGCAAUUCGAGCGCAGGAAAUACCACUGGGCGCUGAAUCACCACCUCAUUUACAUCGACAACCCUGUGGGCGCAGGAUUCAGCUUCACCAAUGAUACACACGGGUAUUGUACAGACGAAACACAGGUUGGUGAACAACUAUACUCAACCCUAACACAAUUCUUCCAGCUCUUUCCGGAGCUACAACAAAAUGCUUUUUUCAUCACGGGUGAAUCUUACGCGGGAAAAUAUGUCCCUGCUCUCGCUUACACUAUCAUGAAGAAGGACUCUACGGCAAAAACUAAAGUAAACCUUAAAGGACUCAUGAUUGGGGGAGCGUGGAUAAAUCCCAACAGUCAAAAACAUUAUACGGUGCAUCAUUUGUGUGAAGACACUCACAAUAUUCAAAAAUUUAUGAAAGGAAAUGUAAUGUGGACUUUGCAUAGCCUUAAAAAACAGAAAUGGGGUGAUAUAAAUGAAGAUAAAUACGUUUCAGUAAUAACUAAAAACGCCGUAAGAAAAGCAAUCCAUGUCGGGGACUUGUCGUACUCUUCUUUUAACUCGACUGUGAGUUCUAAAUUGAGUAUUGACUUAUGCCAAUCCAUGGCUCCGUGGUUGUCGGAAAUAUUAGACCAUUAUCCGGUAACGCUUUAUGGUGGAGAAUUAGACCCUAUAGUACAAUAUGAUGGGAUUGUAGACUUUUUGCGGAACCAUUUCAAUUUCUCGGGUGCCUCGGAGUACAAGUCUGCAAAGCAGUACGAGUGGAGGGUGGACGGCGAGCCGGCGGGGUGCGUGCGGCGCGCGCGCCUGCUGACGGAGAUCUAUGUUCUGGAAGCCACGCACUACGUGCCUGAAGACCAGCCCAAGCGCGCAUGGGACAUGAUCUCGAGGAUCACGAGCGGGAAGGGCUUUGAUCAGGAGGAAAUUUGCUCAACACCAUCAUAAAUACGAGUAGAUAAUGUUAAUGAAAUAUUUUCCUACUAUUUUUUGUCUCGUAUAAAUAUUCGUAUUUAAUUGGCUUAUACCUUAUACUAACACUCUUGUAAAAAAAUGUUAUACCUACCUACGCUAAAUUAAACAAUUAUAAAUCAUUUCUCAGAGAAAA